AUGGCGCCCACGGCUCUGGCCGUUGGGCUCACCACCAUGAGCCUGUGCGCACUGCUGCAUGCCGUGGCCUUGCCAGAGGGCGCACGAAACGGGGGCGCCCAUGUGAUUCAUCCACAGGAGCUGCGGCCCAUCCCCAAAGCGACAGAGGCUCCCGCUGCAUCAACUAUGCUCAAUGUCAGCAGCCAGGGCAAUGCCUCCGCUGCGCCGGAGAAGGACAGUCAGACGGGAUCAAGCAAUCGGCUGCUGGAUUUCAAUACACUCGAUUCGGCUGAAGUAGAGACCAACGCCAGCUUGCACCUCUUCCUGGUCAUUGCUGCUCUGGGUAGCUCCCUGUUUCUCAUCUACUGGCUGGCCAAGAGCCGAUGGAGCUUUCUGCCUGACUCGGUGGCCGUCAUUGCGUUGGGGGCCCUCAUCGCCGUGGUCUUUCGCUUCGAUGACAUGGGCUGGGAGCGUGCCGAAGCUUUUGACCCCACUGUGUUCUUCUUGUACCUCCUUCCUCCCAUCAUCUUUGAAUCAGGAUACUCUCUACAGCGAGGUGCUUUCUUCAGCAAAUUGGGCACUAUUCUGAUAUUUGCUGUGAUUGGCACCAUUCUCUCUACGAUUGUUGUUGGGGGUGGUUUCAUCCUUCUCAUGGAAUAUGGCUACAUUCCCAACUUUGGCACCAUCCAAGUGUUUGCAUUUGGUUCUCUGAUCUCUGCGGUGGAUCCCGUGGCGACGCUGGCCAUUUUUCAAGCUCUGGACAUUGAUGCGAGCCUCUACAUGCUGGUGUUUGGCGAGAGCGUUUUGAAUGACGCCGUGUCCAUCGUUCUCACUCGAAGUAUCAUUGAGAUUGGUAUCAAGCACCACUUCACAUCUGGACUGCUGUAUUCCGUUUUUUGGGAAUUUAUCGUCGCUUCAGUGGGAUCAGCCUUGAUCGGCGUUUUGGCUGGCUUCUUGUGCGCCCUCGUGACGAAGCAUCUGGACUUGUUUCAACUCCCUGCCGUCGAGUUUGCUUUUGUGUGCAUUUUUGCUUACUUGCCCUAUCUCUUGGCGGAGGGCUGGGAUUUGAGUGGCAUCAUGGCAAUUCUCUUUGCCGGCAUUACCACAGCACACUAUGCGCACGGGAACCUGUCCCCCACCACCAAAGUGACAGUCAAGCAGGCAUUUCGAACCACCGCCCUUCUCGCCGAGACGGCCGUCUUCUUGUAUAUUGGCAUGGCUCUUUUCAGUUUUCGCUUGGACAUCCGGGUGGACAUUGUUUGUUACAGUUUGCUGCUAUGUUUGCUGGGCCGAGCUGCUAACAUAUUUUCGCUCUCCAUGUCGGUCAAUGUCUUUGCCAAUGCACAAAUCAGCUCCAAGCACCAGUUUAUCAUGUGGUUUUCCGGCCUGCGCGGUGCCAUUGCAUUUGCUUUGGCGCUGCAUCUUCCGCUCGAACUAUUUGACGUCGAGGUCAAGAAUGUCUUUGUGUCAACAACGCUCAUGGUGGUGCUCUGCACCAUCGUGCUUUUUGGCUGUUCAACAAUGCCAUUGCUUCAAUGUUUGCGCUCCCGCCGCAAGGGCAGUGGUAGCAAAUCCCCGACACGAACUGCGUCGCAAGACGCAGAGGAGCCAAACUCGUGGCUGGUACGCGUGGACACCAAGUACUUGCAGCCGCUACUGCGUCGACGUGGUCAACGCCUAGGGGCCAACUCUUCAGAGCAGGAACAGGAGCUACACGCCCUUACUGAGCAGUGGCAGCAAAAGUUGGAGGAGUUGCAGAGUGAAAGUACUUUCAUUCGCUCUCGUAUCAGCGACGAGGGCCUGGAGCAACCUGUGAGCUAAUGUCCAGCAUUAGCAGCCGUCACUGACAUGUGAAUCGAUUUUAUCCCGUGAGCCAGAUCUCACUGUGCUUCAUGGCAGC